AAAAAAAAUAUAAUAAAAGCGAAAGCCUAUUCUGAACCUUGUCUCUGAUGAUCGAAACCCAACCCAGCGUUUCGCUUUAUAAAAAUUUGACCUAUCAGGCUGCUUUGAAACAGUCCUUCUCGUUACACUCCAGAGAGAAAGGAAAAAGGGAAUCAUUUCGAAAGUAAAGCUAUGGCUCGCCAAACCCUAGCCAAGCUUAUCGGCUCCAUCGCAUCACACCGAUCUGCUUCUUCUUCAUCUUCUCAAUAUCGCCAUUAUGCGGCGGCGGCGGCGGCAGCUGCAAAUCAGCCGGCUGUUUUCGUCGACAAGAACACUCGCGUCAUCUGCCAAGGCAUCACCGGUAAAAACGGCACGUUUCACACUGAACAGGCCAUCGAAUAUGGCACCAAAAUGGUGGGAGGUGUGACGCCCAAGAAGGGUGGAACGGAACACUUGGGGCUGCCUGUUUUCAACUCGGUGGCCGAAGCAAAGGCUGAAACCAAGGCUAAUGCUUCGGUCAUUUAUGUUCCUCCACCAUUUGCGGCGGCUGCUAUUAUGGAGGCUAUGGAAGCUGAGUUGGAUCUUGUUGUUUGUAUCACCGAGGGCAUCCCUCAACAUGAUAUGGUACGAGUGAAGGCUGCUCUCAACCAACAAUCUAAAACUCGGCUUAUCGGUCCAAACUGCCCUGGUAUCAUCAAGCCUGGAGAGUGUAAAAUUGGGAUUAUGCCUGGGUACAUUCAUAAACCUGGGCGUAUCGGAAUUGUUUCUCGAUCUGGUACAUUGACCUAUGAAGCGGUUUUUCAAACAACUGCUGUUGGCCUUGGACAGUCAACCUGUGUUGGCAUAGGUGGAGAUCCUUUUAAUGGAACGAAUUUUGUUGAUUGCAUUGAGAAGUUCCUUGUUGAUCCUCAGACAGAAGGGAUUGUCCUUAUAGGAGAGAUAGGUGGAACUGCAGAAGAAGAUGCUGCUGCCUUAAUAAAGGCGAGUGGAACUGAGAAGCCUGUUGUUGCUUUUAUUGCUGGACUCACUGCUCCCCCUGGUCGUCGUAUGGGUCAUGCUGGAGCUAUUGUGUCGGGUGGGAAGGGCACAGCACAAGACAAAAUUAAGACACUUAGGGAAGCUGGUGUAACAGUGGUAGAAUCUCCUGCAAAAAUCGGUGCUGCCAUGCUUGAAGUUUUCAAGCAAAGGGGCCUGGCAAGUUAGUUUAGGAAAAUAUAUAUCUAUAUUGAAACUUUUUGACGGCUCUGCAUUUUCUUAAAAUUGUUUUUGAUUGUGGUAGAAUUAUUGGGAGAUUGAAAUUCUCCAUUUUGUCAAAACGCAACAUGGGAUUGAAUUUGUGUUCAAUAAUACCCAUUUUUUAUCUGUUUGUUCUA